GACUCACACGAGAAGUUGACACCUGACCUUUGAACUGACAAGAACCUCAUGCCACAUGCUAAAGCUAUUUACAGGCUAACUGGUUAGCAAGUAGGACACUUGUAUUGCAGGGUAAAGGUUGGAGAAGCAAUGCAAAGAGUUAGGUUACUUAUUGUUCUUCUUGCAGGUCUAUCAUGUCCUACUUUCUCGCAGAAGAUAGUCAAGGCUUUACCAGGGUUUCCUGGGGAACUUCCCUUUAAACUUGAAACAGGAUAUGUGGAAGUAGGAGGGAAAGAAGAUUUGGUGCUGUUCUAUUAUUUCGUGCAAUCCGAAAGGAAUGCUAGUGAGGAUCCUCUCUUGAUCUGGAUUUCUGGAGGCCCUGGUUGUUCUUCUUUUCGGGCAUUCAUGUAUCAGCUUGGUCCGCUCACAAUCGACUACGAUGAUACUACUAAAGAAAUACCAGAUUUGCAUUUGAAUCCAUAUUCUUGGACAAAGUUCGCCAACAUAAUCUUCAUGGACGUGCCUAUAACGGGAUUCUCCUACUCAAAAUCUCCGGAAACUUAUAAAAAUAGCGAUACCUUGUCACCAAAAUACACUUAUGAAUUCCUUUGUAAGUGGCUUGAGAAGCAUCCUCAGUUCAGGAGCAAUCCUCUGUACAUCACUGGUGUUUCCUACUCAGGACUCACUAUUCCGGCCGUUGUUGAAGAGAUAUUUAAUGGUAAUGAAGCUGGAAAUGAGCCGAGAAUCAAUAUUGAAGGGUAUGUUCUCGGCAAUCCACUAACAGUUAAGGAUAUCGACUUUAAUGCUCGAAUUCCAUAUGCUCAUCGAAUGUCACUUCUAUCGGAUCAAAUAUUUGAGUCGACGAAACUGAGCUGCAAGGGCGAUUACAUCAAUGUGAAUCAAAGCAACACAUUAUGUCAAAAUGAUCUGCAACAAGUGAAUCAGUGCCUAAAAGAUGUAUGUUUUUAUCAUAUAUCGGAAGAUGUUUGUAAUGUAGAGACCAGCACCAGGAGUUUGCUACAAAGCCUAGAUAGCUCAUCUAGCAAGUAUCCGGACCUUCCUCUCCGAUCAGCUAUACUGAAGGGUCGACCAUUGUGUCGGGAAAUUACUUAUCCGUAUGCUAGCAUUUGGGCAGAUAAUGUUGAUGUUCGUAAAGCUCUCCAUAUUCGCCAGGGAACAAUAGGAGUGUGGGCUAGAUGCAACGGUGAUCACUAUUACCUGGGUAGAAAUGACAGCGAUCAUUAUGCAUAUAACGUUGAUAGUUCUCUUGAACAUCAUCGCAAUCUUACCCGAAAAAGCUGCAGAGCGUUGAUCCUAAGUGGCGAUCACGACUUGAUUUUCCCAUACAUUGGGACUAAGCAAUGGAUACAGGAUCUCCAUUUGAGUGUUGAUAGCACCUGGGCACCAUGGUUUGUUAGGGGACAAGUAGCAGGAUACACAGAGUCGUUUUCACAUAAUGACUUCACAUUGACAUUUGCCACUGUUAAGGGGGCAGGUCACGCGGCGCAAGAAUAUAGGCCUGAAGAAUGUCAAGCAAUGGCAUACAGGUGGUUAGGCCAUAAACCUCUCUGAUAAUCUGGUGUUGAAUAUUCUGCAACCAUUUGAGCUGCAAUAUGGAUGCAUCAUCAUAUUGUGUCUUUUUGAUGUCUUUAUUUACUUCAAUGUUGUCUUUAUUUAAAUGGCACUUGUGUAAGUUUUUGAUAAUGAAUAUCGUGACAAUAAAGAUUUGGUAAAUUAUAACUAUAUACUCAUCAAAU